UUUGUGACUUUUGUCGCUUGGAGUUUAACGUUUUCUUCUUCUACGACGAGUCGAGUCUCAGUCGACGACCUUCCAAAGUUGGCACUUCGCAGAUCACAAGUCACAAAUCACAACUCCGAGAUUCAAGAGUCCUAGAGCUUUGCCCUUGGAACUAUAUAACCGUUAUAUUAGUUGGACCUCUCUUGAACCAGCCAACCCAACCUCUCCGCGUGUUCCCUCAACCAACGAGAACUGUUCCGUGCCUGAUAUAAAUACACGUCCUCUAAAUCUCCAUUUCGAGCAGGUCGUCGUUCAAAAGCGAGCUCCUCGUGUUGGACCUUUUUUCUUCUUUCUUUCUUUCUCUCUCUGUAUCCUUUUCCUUUUCCCCGACUGUUCUUCAUUUCCAUUCGCUCGCUAUAACAAGGUUCAUUUGUUUCUGCGUUCGGUUCAUUUUUGUCUUUGCAUUGUUUCCAUGCCUUCGGCUGUCUCACCUCAGUGGCAUGAGAAGGCAAAUGGUUUCUUUACUUCUUCAGGGGUUAAGCUUAAAGAAGCUGGACAGUCUGCUGGGACAUUUGUGGGGGAGGUUGCAAAAGAUGCUAAAGGGAAUGUAGCUGAUGCAGCUGAAAAAGUUGGGUCAUUGGUGAAAAAUCGAUGGUUCCUUAUACGGGAGGCUGCACUGCGGCCAUCAACAAGAGAUGCUAUGCAGGAUCGCCUUCGUACUGCUGCCUCAACAACUGGGAUACUGCUGAUGAAGGGCAUCUCAGAAACAAAGGACAAGGUUGCUGUAGGAAAGAUGAAAGUUGAAGAGGUAGCAAAGAAGACUGCCCAAAGAAGUAAGAGCAUUUUGACCAAUAUUGAACGUUGGCAGAAGGGAGUUGCUAGCACUGAUGUAUUUGGGGUGCCAAUUGAGAUAACAGUACAACGGCAACAGUCCAACAAGCCCGUCCCUUAUAUUUUGGUCAGAUGUGCAGAUUUUCUCAUAUUAUCAGGCUUAAACUCAGAGCAGUUGUUCAAAUCUGAAGGAGAUAAAAAGGUUAUUCAGCAGUUGGUUUCACUAUACAACCAUGAUUACAAUGCAUCACUGUCGGAGAGUGCGAACCCAGUUGAUGUUGCAUUUCUAGUUAAGUGUUACCUUGCAAGUCUUCCUGAGCCACUUGCCACGUUUGACCUCUAUCAUGAAAUUAUCAGUGCUCGUUCCAGCAUACAUUCAAUGAAAAACAUACUUAAGCGGCUUCCUAAUGUAAACUACAUGACACUGGAAUUCAUUACAGCGUUGCUGCUUCGUGUAAGCCUGAAGUCACCUCUUAACAAGAUGGAUGCUCGUGCGCUUGCCAUGGAAAUGGCUCCUAUUAUUAUUUGGCAGAGGGAGCAGAGACCAGACUAUAGUCAGUUUUGGCACCAUACUUCUAAAAGUCCUUCCAAGAAGACAAUGGAUCCAAUGCCUACUUACAGUGCAUGGGAUAUCCUUUCAGAAGAAGGCGACAAUGUUGAUGCAUCCUCACAGAUUCCCUUGGAUGAUGGCUCUCCAACUGAUUUUGCAGCUAUUGAGGUAGUCCAGUGCCUCAUCGAGCAUCAUAAUGCAAUUUUCACAGAUGCAAAUGAAACCGUGUGGAGUUAUGAUCUUCCUGCAUUUCAACUGGAUUGCCAAAUAAUUAGAAAAGACCGGCCACAGGCCCAUAGUAGAAAGGGAUGAUAUUCUACCACAAAUUCGGAAUAGACUGGAAAAUGGCAAUGUUGACAAGGGGAAUUCUAGGUUCAGUUGGGUUGGUAUUUGUAAAUAUGUCUUUUACUUGGUUAUGCAUUUUUGGGUAACUCCAAAAUGCCACAUUCAGGUUGGUGCUAUGGUUGCUCAUGAAUGGCGAUAUUGUUGAUUUUACAGAGGCUUAUGAACCUUCUAUCACCAGUUUGCAAGGGAACAUAUUCUUUUUUA